CCACCACAUAUCUCCUAUAUCCAUGCCUCCCAAAACUGUGGUAGUCGAUCCUCUCCUGGCAUCAAUGACUCCCAACACACCAACUCCGACAACCCGUACGAUGCCGAUAACUCAACCGGAUUCGAAUCCAACCGAUCCAAAUGCAACCCCCAGAGCCUCGGCGACUGAACCAGCUCCUUCAGAUGGACGCGACAAAGGUGAAGAAGCGCCAAAGAAGAAGGCCCCAAAGUGGACGAUUGAGGAGGAUAAGCAGCUCUGUGCUGCAUGGUUGAAUACAAGCCGAGAUAGUAUCGUUGGGGCCGGUCAGAAAGCGGGAACGUUCUGGGAACGAGUUCACCAACUCUACGCCGAUUUUGUUGUGGAUUUCAACAAGGACCACAAGAACUCCAAAACACAAAAACCUUUACCAGUUCGACCAACAAAUGCGAUCGAAUGUCGUUGGGGCCACAUCCUGAGGGUUUGCAACAAAUUUGGCGGAAGUUACUCGCAAGUCGAGCGUCGAAUGAGAAGUGGAAUGAGUCGCGAUGAUGUUCUUGCUGAGGCCAAGGAGCUCUACAAAUCCGAGAACGAAUCAACGUUCAAUCUCGAUCACUGUUGGGCAAUCUUGAGAGAGCACCCCAAGUGGCAGGCUACUCAGCAAGAGAUCGAUCUCAAAGCCAAAAAGUCAAAGCAACCGAGUAACACACCCACGACUGACGACACUGCGCAAUCUAGCUCCCAAGCUGACACUCAACCUGAUGAGGAGGACGAACAAUCAACCCGUAGCGCCCUUGGAUCUGAAUCUCGUCCAGAAGGAAACAAAGCAGCAAAAAGAAAACGCGAUGAAGAUGCGAUGUUGGAGAAGAUAAUCAGAACUCAGGAAGAGCUUGUCAAGAUCUCGAAGGAACGAUCGGCAUCGGUUCAAAAGGCGAUGCAGGAGGCUUCAGCGGCAAAGCAGUCGGAGGCAGAUGAUCGCAUCAUGGCGAUGGACAUCAGCGGUUUGGAUGAGGAGGCCAAAGCCUACUGGCAGAAAAAACGACGUGCGAUUUUGGAUCGCUCUUAG